AUGGGUGGAUCAUUGCGGCAACAAACAAAAUGGCUCGUCUAUCGCAACUUUCUGCUUAAAAAGAGGAUGUAUAAGCUAACUAUACAAGAGGUGCUGUUACCAGUUUACUUUAUCGUCAUACUUGCUUUAACUCGUAUGGGUAUAAGACCAACAACUAAUGAAGCUGUCCCAUAUUUCCCUCCCCAUGACUUGAUGAAUACAUCGGCAUUCCUGCCUGACACUACGUUGGCUCUGGCAGCAUCGCCUAACAGCACUGAUGUAGAAAAAGUAAUGGACCAAAUUAGUGCCAUGUUAAAUAUGGAGUACAUCAUGUUUGAAGAUGAGGAAUCUAUGCUGGCUAAAUAUGCUAACAAUGCGUCAUUGUUUUCUGUUGGUAUUAUCUUCAAUAGCGACUUAUCCCAAAACCAUACUUAUGCGAUUAGAACACCAUUUGAGAUGUUACCAUCAAAUCUAGAUCUGUAUAACCAUAACAAUCAAGGGUGUAGACAACCAGAUGGAUUGGGUACAUGUCCUGCACAUCAAUAUUUGUACACUGGGAUUGCCGCAUUACAAACAGUGAUAGACCAUUCACUUAUAACAUUUUCAGUUCCAAAUACUACAUUGCCGCAGAUUCAAAUGCAGUUACUUCCAAAGCCAGAGUAUACCACUGAUAUAACUCAGCUGCAGAUUAUGAAUUCACUCUAUUUGGUGAUGGCAUUUUCUCCGUUUCUUGGUAUUCUUAUUUCCUCCUUGGUCUAUGAGAAAGAAAAGAAGAUCAAGGAAACCAUGAAGAUGAUGGGACUGAACAGCCUUGCAUUUUGCUCUGUUGUCAUCGAUGAUGACAGAGCAGAGCUGUUCAUAUCAAGUAUUGCCUAUUGGUUGUUGGAUCUAGUAUGGCCUAUUGGUUAUUCGAUCCAGUAUGACCUGUUGGUCGUUAGCAUCCGUAUGGCCUAUUGGUUAUUGAAUCCAGUAUGGCUUAUUGGUUAUUGGAUCCAGUAUGGCCUAUUGGUUAUUGGAUCCAGUAUGGCCUAUUGGUCAUUGAAUCCAGUAUGGCCUAUUGGUCAUUGA